UAUCAUUGAAUGGAGCUAUUAAAGUGGAUUUUUCCCCCAUUCACUUGACUGAAAGAGUAGUUACUUUGAUCUAGGCCUUGAGAGAAUACCAGUCAAUUGAGCAGAUAAUUAUUUUGCCAUUUGACAAGUGGUGAUCUCUGUAUUAGUCAAGAUGGUCACUAAAUGAGGUUGUCUCUUGUCUUUGAAAGGUGGGAAGAAGAACGCUAUCCUGAAGGCAUCAAGUGGAAAUUCCUAGAACAUAAAGGUCCUGUAUUUGCACCACCAUAUGAGCCUCUUCCAGAAAGUGUCAAGUUUUACUAUGAUGGUAAAGUCAUGAAGCUGAGCCCCAAAGCAGAAGAAAUAGCUACAUUCUUUGCAAAAAUGCUCGACCAUGAAUAUACUACUAAGGAAAUAUUUAGGAAAAAUUUCUUUAAAGAUUGGAGAAAGGAAAUGACUAAUGAAGAGAAGAAUACUAUCACCAACCUAAGCAAAUGUGAUUUUACUCAGAUGAGCCAGUAUUUCAAAGCCCAGUCGGAAGCUCGGAAACAGAUGAGCAAAGAAGAAAAAUUGAAAAUCAAAGAGGAAAAUGAAAAAUUACUGAAAGAGUAUGGCUUCUGUAUUAUGGAUAACCACAGAGAGAGGAUCGCUAACUUCAAGAUAGAGCCCCCAGGGCUGUUCCGUGGUCGGGGCAACCACCCCAAGAUGGGCAUGCUGAAGCGGAGGAUCCUGCCUGAGGACAUCAUCAUAAACUGCAGCAAAGAUGCCAAGGUUCCUUCUCCUCCUCCAGGACAUAAGUGGAAAGAGGUCAGACAUGAUAACAAAGUAACUUGGCUCGUCUCCUGGACAGAGAAUAUCCAAGGUUCUAUUAAAUACAUCAUGUUGAAUCCCAGUUCACGAAUCAAGGGUGAAAAAGACUGGCAGAAAUAUGAGACUGCUCGGCGGCUGAAGAAGUGUGUGGACAAGAUCCGAAACCAGUAUCGAGAAGAUUGGAAGUCCAAAGAGAUGAAAGUCCGGCAGAGAGCUGUAGCACUGUACUUCAUUGACAAGCUUGCUCUUAGAGCAGGAAAUGAGAAGGAAGAAGGAGAAACAGCAGACACUGUGGGCUGCUGUUCACUUCGUGUGGAGCACAUCAACCUGCACCCAGAAUUGGAUGGUCAGGAAUACGUGGUUGAGUUUGACUUCCUUGGGAAGGACUCAAUUAGAUACUAUAACAAGGUCCCAGUUGAGAAACGAGUUUUUAAGAACUUGCAGCUAUUUAUGGAGAACAAGCAGCCCGAAGAUGAUCUUUUUGAUAGACUUAAUACUGGUAUUCUAAAUAAGCACCUUCAGGAUCUCAUGGAGGGCUUAACAGCCAAGGUAUUCCGUACAUACAAUGCCUCCAUCACGCUACAGCAGCAGCUAAAAGAACUCACAGCCCCGGAUGAGAACAUUCCAGCAAAGAUUCUCUCUUAUAACCGUGCCAAUCGAGCUGUCGCAAUUCUUUGUAACCAUCAGAGGGCACCACCAAAAACUUUUGAGAAGUCUAUGAUGAACUUGCAGUCUAAGAUUGAUGCCAAGAAGGAUCAGCUUGCAGAUGCUCGGAGGGACCUGAAAAGUGCUAAAGCUGAUGCCAAAGUCAUGAAGGAUGCAAAGACCAAGAAGGUAGUAGAGUCAAAGAAGAAGGCUGUGCAGAGACUGGAGGAGCAGUUGAUGAAGCUGGAAGUUCAGGCCACAGAUCGUGAGGAGAAUAAGCAAAUUGCCUUGGGAACCUCCAAACUCAAUUAUCUGGAUCCUAGGAUCACAGUGGCUUGGUGCAAGAAGUGGGGGGUCCCAAUUGAAAAAAUUUACAACAAAACCCAGCGGGAGAAGUUUGCCUGGGCUAUCGACAUGGCUGAUGAGGACUACGAGUUUUAACCAGUCUGAAGGGGCAGGGUUCUGUGAAAAGGAACAGUGGUUUGGGGAAGAUGGAUAAACUGUGAGCCUCACUUGCCCUCGUGCCUGAGGGAAAGAGGCAGCAAGUCUUAACCAACAUCUUUGCGAAAAGAUAAACCUGGAGAUACUAUAAGGGAGAGCUGAGCCAGUUGUCCUAUGGACAACUUAUUUAAAAAUAUUUCAGAUAUCAAAAUUCUAGCUGUAUGAUUUGUUUUGAAUUUUGUUUUUUAUUUUCAAGGGGGCAAGUGAAUGGGGAUUUGUCAGCAUUCUGCCAGGCAAAUUCACUGUUUCACUGAAGCGUUUGGAUUCUCUUAGCUACUGUAUGCGAAGUCCGAUAUAUUGGUGCGUUUUUACAGUUAGGGUUUUGCAAUAACUUCUAUAUUUUAAUAGAAACGAAUUCCUAAACUCCCUCCCCUCUCCCCCAUUUCAGGAAUUUAAAAUUAAGUAGAACAAAAACCCAGCGCACCUAUUAGAGUCAUCACUCUAUUGUCAUGGGAAUCAGUUUUCAUUAGACUUGAAGCAGUCGUGACAUUGGCAGUGUUUUGGUUCAGACACCUGUUCACAGAAAAGCAUGAUGGGAAAAUACUUCCUGACUUGAGUGUUCCUUUUUAAAUGUGAAUUUUUAUUUUUUUUUAAUUAUUUUAAAAUAUUUAAACCUUUUUCUUGAUCUUAAAGAUCGUGUAAAUUGGGGUAGGGGAGGGAUGAAGGGUGAGUGAGUCUCUACGGAUAAUGAAAUAAUCAAUGAAUGAAACCAUUUUCCCAUCAUUCUUUGUUCAGAGCAUCCUCUGUACCCUUUAAAAAUCCAUCUUUUUUUCUUUUCAAACCCUGGUCUUUCACUUGAAAAAUUUUAUUGUAUGAAAAGGUCCACAGGUCAAUAAAUUUAGAGGAAAAUGAGUAUUUGGCCCAAAAGAAGAAAAAUAAUCAAGAUUUUAGGGCUUUUAUUUUUUUUCUUUUGUAAUUGUGUAAAAAAUGGGGAAAAACAUAAAAAGCAGAAUUUUAAUGUGAAAACAUUUUUUGCUAUAAUCAUUAGUUUUAGAGGCAUUGUUAGUUUAGUGAGUGCAGAGUCCAUUUCCCACAUCUUUCCUCAAGUAU